AUGAACUCGGUCCGCAACAUCGCCCGUCUCAAUGAGACCGAACUCAAAAAUGUCACUCCCUCCAACGCAUCUUGGCACACCGAUUACCGCGACACCGCCUACAUUCACUUCGGCGGCGUGCCCUUUGAGCUUAGUGAAGGCGACGUCCUCACCAUCUUCUCACAGUAUGGCAACCCGAAGCACAUCAACCUCGCCCGCGACAAGGACACCGGCAAAAGCAGAGGCUUCGGCUGGCUGAAGUACGAAGAUCAGCGCAGCACCGACCUGGCAGUCGACAACCUCAGCGGGGCGAGCGUGCUGGGCCGGACGCUCAGUGUGGAUCAUGCGCGCUACAAGCUGAAGGAGGGAGAGCGAGAAACAGUGGGCGAUGACGCCGAAGAAGAGGACGCGACCGAUGGGGAGGGUGAAGGCAGGAGGAAGCGGAGUAAGACAGAAAGUGAGUGA